AUGCAUGCCCCCACGCGGCCAGGCGAGUCCGCGAAAACUCCCCGGGGCCUCGAAAUAAACGCCCAUCCCCGCACCUCUAGCCUUCUCUCCAGUUUCCCUCCGCGGCCUUGCACUACCCGGCCUGGGACCCGGAAGGCGGCGCCUGUUGAGUCACGGUCACGUGGCUGUGGAGGCGCAGAGGCUGGCAGCGCCUCGGCUGCUCGAUCCCUCUGGGCCCUAGUGGAAAAUUUUCAGAGACCUACUGCGGCUGCGCGUCCGAGGCCCCGCCCCCCUCCCUCCCCUCUGUCCCCCGCACCGACCCCGGCCCCCAGCCUUCCGGCGGCCGCCCUAGCCGCCUCUGCAGAGGUUCCUUUCUCUCCCGGGAGCAGCGCUCCGCGCGCCCCGCCCGCCGCAGCCCCCCAGGCUGGCGCCGCCCGCGCCUUGGCCCUCCGGCCGGCAGUCUUCACUUCCUUCGCGCCCCACCUUGGAGCUCCGAGCCGCCGUGCGGCCUUGCCCGCGACCUUGCUUGUACCCCGCUGGCAUCCUGAAAGGCAAGGAGCGGCGUCUUGGCGCCUCCGCCUUCGCCUCUGGGGCGCCGCAGCCCCCACAGCCCCGCCACCUCCGAUCCGCGUGUGGACGUGGCCCCAUCUGCCCAGGAGCUCUGAAACCACUGCAGCCAACAUGUGCCCAUGCCAGGAGAUAUCUCUGUAUGCUGAAGAUGACAGAAUGAAAAGAUGGUGACCUCUCAGUCUUUGAGGAGAUUAAAAGGCCAAGAAUUAAUUCUAGGACUGCUCUAUCUGUAGACUUUCUAUUAUAUGAGAUACUAAGUGUCAUUAUUUAAGCCACUUCUAAUUGCAUAUUGUGUUUCUUACAGUAACAGUUUUCUGCAACUGACAACCUCUCUGGGUGGUACCUAGCCUCCAGAAAGCCUCCUCCAAUGAUCCUUACCUCCUGGUAUUCAUGUCUUUGUAUAAUCCCCUUCUACAUUGAAUCCAGGCUUGCUUUUGUGACUGGGAGAAUAUGGUGGAAAUAUAAAGUGUGACUUCCAAGUCUGCUUUAUAAAGACAUUGCAACUUCUGCCUUGA